AUGGCGUCGGGGCUUCCGCCACAAAAUUUCAGGUAUGUUCGAAUCGCCGGUAGACGGGUUCUUGUCUUUAUGACAACCAGAGCGGAGGAGGCAGACGAGUGGGUGCGGCGGGUCGAGGAAACAUGGCCGGGGACGAGGAUCGUCGGUCUUUCCUUCUUCUGGGAGCCGUCGCUCCUCCCCGACGGCUCCCUCAGGCGGAGAGUCAGCUCCAUCCACCUCUCUUACCUGACGCAUGUGCUGGUGUACCGACUCUCCUCGGCGGAGAACGAUGCCAUCGCCCCCCGCCUCGUCAACUUCCUCUGCGACCUCCGCAACAUCUUCAUCGGGGACGACCUCCACCGGAGCCUGCAGGCACUCGGGUUUCACGGCAGCUGCUGGCCCAUGUUCAUGGCGGAGAUGCUCGACGUAGCGGAGAUCUGCGGCGUCUCUCCCGUCUUCAUAUUGGCCACCUGGCUUCCGCUACACGUGGCUCUGGCGGCGGUUCUUCUCAGGGACAUGGAUAUAGGCCUUCUUCUUCUGGAGGAUCAUGUGCACCUUACGCCCUCCUCUUGGCCGAUGACCGAAAUUCAGGUCCAGUUUGCGGUGGAGACGUCCUUCGUUGGUCAGAUGCUCGGACAUAGCGCUUACGUAUCAAGCUUUUCGUAG